AUGGAGGGAGAAGGCAGUAACCCUGGGGUAGCUAUGGAUUCAGGUAACCCCUUGCUAAGAGCAGUCUUCCUCCGCCGCCUGCGGCUGACGCGGCUUCUCCUGGAGGGAGGUGCUUACAUCAACGAGAGCGACAGCCAAGGCCAGACGCCCCUGAUGGUGGCCUGUAGGACCCAGCACAUGGACGCCCAGAGUGCCAGCCGAGUCAAGCUGGUCCAGUUUCUUCUGGAGAAAGGAGCAGACCCCAACAUCCAGGACAAGGAGGGUCGCUCUGCGCUGAUGCACGCCUGCCAGGAGCACGCCGGCCCUGAGGUGGUGUCUCUGCUACUGGCCAAUGGAGCAGACAUCAGCCUGGAGGAUCAGUCUGGCACAUCAGCGCUGGUCUACGCAGUCAUGGCUGGAGACUGGAAGGUUCUAAAGCUGAUGCUCGACACAUGCAAGGCCAAGGGGAAAGAGGUGAUCAUCAUAGCCACCGACAAAUUCCCAUGUGGCCAACUGCAAGCCACACAGUACCUUGGCAUGCCUCCCCUCGGUCCUCUUGAUCAGACGGACAAAACGGCAUCUGCAGCUCCUGCUUCUCCCUCUGAAAUCCAGCUCAUCACCUCCCCCCAGUGCACCUCCUCUUCCUUGUGUCCCCCAAAGACUGUUUUCUCCUUUAAAGAUGCCCAGUCCUGCGGCGUAAGCUCCCAUCCAUGUUCUCCAUCACGAUUUCAAAGGCUCGGCCAAGCGGUGCCAAAUGGCCUGCAGCAGCCUCUCCUGAGGUUGAACUCUGAGCCCUGGCUGAAGAUCCCAGCGUCUCUGCUCAGCCGGCAGCCUCUUGCAACCUUGCCUUCAGAAAACGGCGAAGACCUCAACCAAAGUGAAGACCUCUCUCUGAGAAUUCCCAAACUAGACGGCAUGAAUUCGACAACUGACAGCUUCAAAUGGUAUGAAGGAAGUUUGGCAAAGGACAAAGGAGUGGAAGGAGAAAAUGAAUGUGCCAACCACAUGGGACAAAAGAUAUCCUUACCAGGUCUCCUAUCAUCCCACUCCCACCCCAACCUCCACUCUGCAAACCUUGGAACAGAUUCACUCGCCUCCUCUUCCUCCUUUUCUGGGGGCCAAAACCUUAGCACUCCACUUCACAGCAUGGCCUCAUCAAGCCUUCACAGCAUAAUCCAGAGGCGCAAGUUUGGGGCCGACAUCUACAGCUCUGACCCCCAGCUAGCUAGAGACAUCCACAAUCUGCCCGAGGAGUCCCAGCAGAGAGCAAGAGACAUAACAGAGGUCAAGAGACUGGCCCCCUUACGCUGCUCCAGCACGCUGGGCUCCAGGGAGUCACUGUCAACCGGCCCCAACAGGAGAGUGCUGUCUGGGUACGAGCGCAGAGGGUCUGGAGCCUUCUUGUUGGACCACAACUCCCAGGCCAGGCCUAGAUCUCUGCCGCCUCUGGCCCUCAACUCCACCAACACCCCCAUCCAUAAUGCUUAUAACCUUAGCUCCAGUGCUGGAGGUGGUUUCUGUGACAAAGAGUCUGGCCUAAAAAGUUUCCAUCCCUGCGCUCCUCCUGGACACCCCAAAGAGAUGACCAGGAGGAUGCUGCUGCGGAGACACUCAAUGCAGACCGAACAGCUAAAAACAACAGCCUGA